GUAGGAUCAAACUUCAAAGGAUUAUUUUCUAGAGUAAAGUGGAGUCUGAAAAUGGUAAGGCGAUAUCGAACACAGCUAGUUAGUGAGCCAAACGACACUGGCUACGGCUGCGCGUUUUGCAGCACGCAUCUUUGCCUGGCUUCAGAUGUGUUAUCUCGUACUUUUCAUGGAAAACACGGCAAGGCAUUUCUUGUCAAUCGUUGUGAAAAUUACUAUGUUGGGCCUCAAGAACAAAAGGAGCUAAUAACUGGCACACACAUUGUCCGCGAUGUUUUUUGUACUUUCUGUGACAAAAAUAUUGGCUGGUGCUAUGACUUUGCGCUCGAUGAGCAAGAGCGUUAUAAAGUUCAUCGCUUUGUUCUGGAGAACAAACUAGUACGAGCUAUAAACUCCAGCCCCAGAUAUGGAUACCUUGGCAUAAAGCCCCCGCAGCAAGACAGCCAUAGACUUUUGAUUGUGAGCGAAUAG